AUGCCAAUUACGCCACUCGAAGAAGCCACUGCCAGUGCCAUUGGCUCUACUUCUGCUGUUCCAGAUCCUUGUUCUGUUGUGAAGGAGCUCAUUGACAAUGCUUUGGACGCAAAAGCCAAAGCUGUUUACGUUGAAAUAUCUUCCAACACACUUGAUGUGAUCCAGGUUAAAGACAAUGGCUGCGGUAUUCCUCGGAGUGAUAUAACCCUCCUAUGCAAAAGGAAUUGUACCAGCAAGAUCCAGACGCUCGAUGACUUGAGAAAUCUCGGGGGUAACUCGCUAGGCUUCCGCGGACAGGCUCUAGCAAGUAUCGCGGAGAUGAGUGAUUGUGUUAUUAUCACUACUAGGGAGGCAUCAGAAUUGGCGGCCAUUUCACUCAAGUUUGGUCGGACCGGCCAACUGCUGAGGCAAGUGCUCGAGGCAACUGUCCCUCAGCCCAUUGGCACUUCUAUUCGAGUGUCUAAUUUUCUCAAAUAUUUCCCUGUUCGUCAAUCUGCAUUUUUAAAGUCCCCCUCAUCUACCCUGUCUAGAGUUAAAAAGAUGUUGCAACAAUAUGCAUUGUGCCGUCCCUAUAUUAGAUUUUCUCUCAAAAUCCUCAAACAAAGCUCUGUAUGGGUAUACGCCCCAAAUGAAAAACCGUCUCUUUUUGAUGCGAUUCUAAAAAUUUUUGGCGGUGAUGUUGCAGCUCAGUGUGUGUUUGUAGAAUCCGAUGUUGCAGACAGCUGUUCACCCAAUUACAACGGCACAUCUACUCUGUGCAGCAAGAUCCAGGCUAUUGUUCCGAAACCAGAUUCUAAUAUAUCCUCGCUUACGAACAAGGGUCAAUACGUAUAUGUCGAUGGCCGGCCAUUAUCUGGAUCAAAGGGCAUUCUGAAGGAUAUUUUGAAAUUGUUCAAGUCACAUACUCGUCGAGUGUUUCAACAAGCUUCUGUUUCUCAGACAGCUGGCGCUUUCAUAUAUCUUCAUAUUUCCUGCCCUCCUGGUACCUGUGACGUUAAUGUGGAUUCAUUGAAGGAUGAUGUGAUAUUUGAAGAUCCAGCCUUGAUAUUACGUCUCGCCGACACUCUAUUUCAAAGGGCAUAUGGUAAAGAAAAUUUUCCCGGUGAAGCCAGCAUAGACAUAUCCGACCGGUCAACACCUGCCCCAGGUUUACCAAAUUCCACUGAGAAUACACUAGCAAUUCCAGAGCCACUUACCCCUUUCACCAUAGAAGAUUCACCCGAAGUAUCACCCCAAGUAUUCUCUCAGCUACUGAGCGAUUGUCAGAAAGGAAAAAGGGCAGCAACCCAUUUGCCAUUGAAAUCUAGUCUAGGUCUGUGCACUGUACCGCACUCUAGGGAAGAUUGCAAUGUGAAUCCUUGGACAAUAGCAAAGCGAAAUUCCACUAUUAUAGACCCCAUACCUCACCUUCCAACACCUUCUAGGAGCGUAGGGCUCUCAAUUUUCCGUGGACGCAAUUACCUGGCAAAUACCCAUGUUACGGGACGAGCGACAAAUCCAGGCAAUUUUUCGCCAGUUGAAACGUCACCAACACCCGUAAGGAGGGCUACUACUCAGAUAACGGGCCAACAGGAGUAUCGACAAUCAAAAAUUAUAUCAACUACCCAUUAUCAAGAUGCACGCCCUGCUACUGCAAUACAACUCUUUUCUAUAUCUCAACCCGUCAGUCCAACAACCGCGUCCUUUCCGGAUAGGUUGCAAGAGGCUAGAGACGGGUCUUUUCCACUAGAUCUAGAAGGUCGAUUUGGUAAGGAUACUAUUAUCCUUGCUAGCCCUUCCUGCCCUGCUUUGCCAUCACCAGUCAAAGAACAGGUUUUGUCAGGGCCUUCUGGACAACCAUCGUCUGAGUUUGCGGAUGAGCCACGUACAUUGCAGCAAAAUACUUAUAGCAUACAGCCAUUCCCGUUGAACGAAUCCCUGAGCUUUGAGCGGCGUAAAAAGGAGAUUCUUCAAUCUCGACGGAAUAAAUUAAAACAGCAAAGCACCCAUAUCACGGAAAAUAAACAAAAACGCUCAUUAAGCCCCAAUGGGCUACGAGCUAGAAACAACGUCCUUAACUUUUCUCCCAGCGGGCAACUGUCGGUAAAACCUAUAUUCCCUUACCCACAGAGAAUAAGCCAUCCACUGCUUGUUGUUGAACAAGAAGUGCCCAAUGAAGUGCCAUUGCCCGUCAAACAUAUUUCGGCAUCAUUAUUACAAAGCCACUCUGCUAAACAAACACAGAUGUCCCCGAUCAGUCAAAUAAUUGAUAAUCGAAUGCCGCUGGAGGGCAUUUCAAAUCAACCAACUAUUCACCAUUUAGCAUUGAUGGGUAGUGGUAGUGUUGAUUUUUGGGCAUCAGUAUCGCGAGUUUUGCAAGUUGAUACAUACGUGCAAGCUGGUAGCAUCUGCUCAAGCUUUUUAACCACCUCUACUCCAACCGAUACUGUGAGGCAGUGGAAUGAAAAAGCAAUGAGCUUAAUCGAAAAUCGCCUCUCUCGAUAUCGCUCCCCCUGA